AUGGCGGCGUGGGUCCUCGCCGUGGGGUACGGCGGCAUGGAGCCUUGGCCAGGGCGACGGAGGCGAGGGCCCUCGGGGAGGGCGACGGCAGCACGGGUCCUCGGCCUGGGAGACGGCGGAGCGGAGCCAAGGCCUGGAAAACUGCGGCGCGGGGCCUCAGCUUGGGCGUCGGCGGCGCGCGGAGGAGGUGGGGGACCUCCCGGCGGCGCGGAGGAGGUGGGGGCUCUCCCGGCGGCGCGCGGAGGAGGUGGGGGGACCUCCCGGCGGCGCGGAGGAGGUGGGGGGCUCUCCCGGCGGCGCGCGGAGGAGGUGGGGGGACCUCCCGGCGGUGCGGAGGAGGUGGGGGCUCUCCGGCGGCGCGCGGAGGAGGUGGGGGACCUCCCGGCGGCGCGCUAG